AUGCUGCUCAUUGCGACAAUUCCUCUGGCAUUUGCGCUCACUUAUUCAAGUCCACAAGCAAGCAAUAUUGACAAAAAAGCUACUGAAAAUGGAGGAUCCACAUCCAAUAUUGGAAAGGGAGACAAAUUUAAUUUCUUCGUUGACCGUGAACAUUCUUCUUGGCCAGAAUUGACUGAAGUUUUUAAAUAUCAAGACUGGGAAGACCAUACACCCCUUCGGACAACUGAAUUUCUUCCAAAGAAUAUUACCAGUUGUACUGUUUAUGGAUUUGCUUGUACUGCUCAGCCGUACAUUGUUGUGUCGAAGAAUCGUCGUUGUGACGGACAUCCAGAUUGUGAGGAUGGAAGCGAUGAAAUUGACUGUCAAGAAUGUCAAGCAACGCUUUCUUGCCCAGCAUCAACCAUCAACAAAAAUUCAAAGCGAAGGAUUUGUUUAGUGGGUAAUCAUCUCUGUGAUGAAUACAAACACUGUCCUGGUUCAGAGGAUGAAACUCUUUAUUGCAAUCUUGAUGAGUAUCGGUGCAAGGACGUUGAUAUGUGCAUUCCAAAUAAUGCAAUUUGUGACGGAGAAAAUCAUUGUCCAUUUGGUGAUGAUGAACAAAAUUGCAAAGAAUGCAAUGGAGGGUCAAAGAUGUGUGGUAAUGCAAAAGGGGGAAUUUGCUUGGCAAAACGUUAUCUUUGUGAUGGUUUUGUUGACUGUCACAUUGACGCAAGUGAUGAAAAGGAUUGUGAUUGUGCCUCUUGUUCAGGCAAAUUCUCUGCUCUCUGCAAUGGAACAAGUAAGAUGUGUAUUUCCAAAGAUAGUGUUUGUAAUGGCCGUUUUGACUGUCCUGAUGGUGAAGAUGAAAAUGGUUGUCCAGGCGUUUGUCCUCUUACAAAAUUAUCAUUAAUGAAGAAUCAGCAGGGAAGCAACUCAAGCAGCCACAAUUCCGUUCUUUGCAAUGACGGUCUUUUCCACGAUUGGUCACAUGCAUGUGAUGGCCUUCUCGAAACAUGCCGUUUUAAAUGUAAAGAGUGCAAUCCUGCUAGAGCCUUCCAAUGUCAUUCAAACAACGGAAAUGGAACAAAUGUUUUUGAUAAAAUGUUUCCAGAGUGCAUUCAUCGUUCUUUGGUCUGUGAUGGAAAACCUGACUGCCUUGACGGAUCUGAUGAGUUGGACUGCAGCUGCAAAACCCCUCGCAUGAAUGAAUGUCACAGUAAGACUGCUUUUCGUCGCUGUUAUUCUAACUUUCACAAGUGUGAUGGUUAUUCUGAUUGUUUGGGAGGAGAAGAUGAACGCAAUUGCACUGCCUGUACCAAUGGAGCUUUUCUCUGUCAAACCGAAGGUCGUUGUAUCCCCCCUAACGCGCGUUGCAAUGGGGAGCCUGAUUGCUUGGACGAAUCAGAUGAAAUGAACUGCACUUGUAAAGAAUGUUCUCGACACUCUAAACAAAUGUACAUGUGUGAGACUGCUCAGCGCUGUUAUCCAUUAAAUAAAGUCUGUACUCCUUACAGUGUUUGUGCAAAUGCAACUCGGAGUGACCAAAUGUUUUGUGCAAUUCGUGGCCAUGAAUACUUCUGA